AUGUCCAAAGAUUGUUAUAAAAUCCUAGGAAUUUCCGAGGAUGCAAGUGUUGGUGAAAUCAAGAAGGCGUACAGAGAGUUGGCUCUCAAAUAUCACCCUGACAAGAACCAAGAUGCUAAUGCGAAAGUCAAAUUCCAACAAGUAUCCUAUGCUUACAAAACUCUGAUGGACGAAAAAUCGCGUGAUAUGCCACAAGCUAUGCAAACUGAUUGUGAUUUGGAUUCAGACAUCAAGGAUUUCCUCAUAUUGGCUGGAAUCACCCUUGCAGGAGUGUCGGCACUUUACUGUGUGCUGCAAGGUCAAUCUGGUGGCUAUGAAGAUGAAACCGAAAAGGAUAAGGAACAUCAAAGUGGAAAAGAAUAA